AUGUCUGACGACAAAUCAGCAUUGAAUAGAGCCGCUCCUUCAAGACACUCAGACAAAACUUUGAUCGCGUUCCAUGAUGGAGAAGAGUACAGAAAAAAGUACAGAGCCACUACAUUGUGGAACAAUAUUGUUCGACACUUUCGUGAAGAAAUGCCAGUCAAAAGGCAUCGUCGUCAGCUAACUUAUUUCGACGAUUCUUUCACUGGAAAGGAGGCGGUUGAUUUCCUAAUGGUCUUACUUCCACGUCUGAUUCUUGAAGGUCGUCAGGUAGAUAGGAAGUUUGUGAGCGUCUUUCCCCUUUCUCCAGCUGAAGACUCACAGGCUGAGCAAUAG